GAAAAUUCCAUGAGCCACAGAUGCAUACUUCUAGGCAAAAUUAAUGACUGACACAUGCAUGUCUCCUUAUUGUGGUUUAGGAUACUGUCGGAUAAAAAACAACAUUGUUAAUAAGAACACUUGUAGAUAUUUUUGUGGUAUUAACACGACAACAAUGCUGUUAGCCUAACUAAAUAGUAUGAGCUUUGAUGCAGGAGCAUGUGAAGCUUCACUUGCUUGUUCCACAUGUCACGUGAUUGUUAUGGAUGUGGAGUAUUACAACAAGCUAGAUGAUCCAACAGAUGAUGAAAAUGAUAUGUUGGAUCUUGCUUUUGGUCUCUGCGACACGUCACGUCUAGGUUGUCAGGAAAUUGCAAAACCUGAACUUGAUGGAAUUCGGUUAGCUCUCCCUGGUGCCACAAGAAACUUUGCUGUUGAUGGCUAUAAACCGAAACCACAUUAGAAUUUCUAUAUAUAAUAAAGGUUAGUUUCAACAUGGCCAUUUUAAGAAAAGAUUGAGGGUACUUUGGUCAUUGAACCGCACCCCUUACACAUUUUGCAAGAUUAGCUUGCUUGGAAAGGUUGUCUUCUAUACUUUGUUAUUUAUACCUCAUCAUCAACUUCAUAAAAGGUCCAUUCUUUAAUAUUAAAUUGUAUAUUAUGCCCUAUGUUGAAAAGUCAUUAAAUAUGGUGGGGUCAGCGAAAUUUUUAAACUGACACGUAUAACACAACACGUGCUCAAACUUUAGUAGGACCUAAGUCUAAUUUCCUCUAUAUAUAUGUUCCAUUUGAACCUGCUGAAGGGUA